AUGGCGUUCCAGUCAAGCAAUUCGGAAAACAAUGAAUCCACAAAUCCCCCCACACAGCAUUCUUUGGGUCUCCCGCGCCCCCCGUCCGUCGGGGGUAUUUCGUCGCGAGUGACGGAUGUGUCUGAGGAUGGCGACAAUUCACGGACAAAUACUAUGUCGUCACAGGUACCACAGUCGCGACCAUCUGUGUCCCGAAGAGGGCCUCCGCCAGCAAGGAGCUCCAUUGCUUCUGCCAACCAAAUAAGACCAGAAAGCUCGGGAAGCAGGUUAAGCCGCACUCACAUCCCGUCGCUCGCUGCGUCCGGCUUCUUCCGGCCCAUGUCAUCGCAACGCCUGCAAGCUCAUCGAGGCCGUCCGGUAACAAAGGAGACGACCGCUUCGACAGAGGAUUGGGGGGAUCAAACCAACCACAACAGACGGAGCUUAAUAUCGAACAGCACCUUCCCAAACUCUCUUCCAGCAGUGGAGCAAGAGGUUCCCCCUUCGCGCGAUACCGAGUUCACCGACCCCAUUAUCCCGGAUAGAAACAACUCAAACGCCAGUCCUACAGUAGAUACGACGGUGAGAAGUGAAAGUGCAAACCUUAUACAUGACAGGGAACGCCCUCCACAACUCAACCUAGGCGUGAACUACAGAGGCACAAACGAAAUUGAGACCCCCCAAAGAUCCCCGCUUUCUUUUCUCUCGCUGCAGAAUAGGAAUGGCCACGCAGAAAAUCGCGAUAGCAGAACGCAUGAGCGGUUGUCGUCCGCCGAUUCGUCACCAAAAUCUAUUGAAAAGAGGGCGGAGCCGGUAAAGAAGGGAAACAAAGGCAAAAACUACGAGUAUUUCGUCGGGAACACCAUCUUUUGGGGAGGGGGCAGGUUCCAAAAUUCCAGAGACAAACCGGUCAACAUUGCAACAGGGUUCCUCGUGCUUGUACCCACGGGCCUGUUCUUCGGGUUUUCGGCUCCCUGGCUGUGGUACAACAUAUCUCCAGCUAUCCCGGUUGUGUUUGGCUAUAUCUUCUAUCUAUGCUUCUCCUCAUUCAUACACGCAUCUGUGGUUGAUCCCGGGAUCAUUCCUCGUAAUCUCCAUCAGAUGCCUCCCCCUGACCCAUCCGAAGAUCCUCUCGCUGUAGGCCCACCGACGAACGACUGGGUAAUGGUGAAGCUCGCAACCUCUGAUGUCGCCGCCAUGGAUGUACCCGUCAAGUACUGCAAGACCUGCUCAAUCUGGCGGCCCCCGCGGUGUUAUCACUGUCGCGUCUGUGAUAAUUGCGUUGAGACCCUUGAUCAUCACUGUGUUUGGCUGAACAACUGUGUUGGCCGCCGAAACUACCGAUAUUUCUUUGCUUUCGUCAGCACCUCUACGUUACUCGCCCUCUUCUUACUGGGUGCGAGCUUAGCGCACAUUCUGGUGUAUCGAUCACGAGAGGGUAUUAGUUUUGGCGACACCAUCGAUAAGUGGAGAGUGCCUUUUGCCAUGGUGAUAUACGGAGCUCUAGCCGCACCCUAUCCCGCCUCGUUAUGGGCAUAUCAUCUCUUCCUUGUUGGCCGCGGCGAAACUACCCGCGAAUACUUGAACUCGCACAAAUUUGCCAAGGCCGACCGUCACCGUCCUUUCACACAAGGGAACAUGAUCCGAAAUUGGAUGGCAGUAUUUGGGCGAGCGCGGCCACCAACAUACAUGCAAUUCAAAGAAUACUAUCAAGAAGGAGACCAACGACUGAGUACGAUGAAGCGAAAAUUUCUUCCUCGCAAUACUGAACCGCAAAACGAUAUUGAGAUGCAGCGUGUACCUCCUCCCAACUGA